UUCUCUCUUCUUAUACCACUUCUAUCUCAUCUCUCUCAUUUUCAUCUUUCAUCCGAAUCAAUAGAUGAAAGAGUGAGAACAACUGCUUCUACAAGGAGGAGCACUUGGUUUCUGGUUAAGCUGCUUCAAUUUCUGCUGUCAGCCUCAGGAAGAAGGAGACGAGAGAAGUCAUCUUCAACUGUUACAGGAAAAGCCGAUCAAGUGUUGGCUCCUCUUCUUUCCCAGCCGUGUUCAGUGUUCACUGAAUUUGAAACACUGGCUAAUCGGUGGUGGGCCGGCCAGGUAGGGCUGCCGGGAAUGGACCCGGCAGCUGUUUCACCGAUGCUAAAUAAACGCGAUCGCGAGAUAUCAAUCAACGAUAACCCCGGCACAGGAGACGAUGAAGAAGAGAAAGACAACGAAGGCGAGCCCACGGAGGGUGCAGUAGAAGUCGGCACUCGUAGACCAAGAGGUCGCCCGCCUGGAUCCAAAAACAAGCCCAAACCCCCUAUUUUCGUCACGCGCGACAGCCCGAACGCCCUUCGGAGCCACGUGAUGGAGGUGGCCGGCGGCCACGACGUUGCCGAAAGCGUCGCCCAGUUCGCCCGUAGACGUCAACGAGGGGUCUGCGUCCUCAGCGGCAGCGGCUCCGUAGCCAACGUGACUCUGAGACAGCCCGCCGCGCCUGGCGCCGUGGUGGCACUCCAUGGAAGAUUCGAGAUUCUGUCCCUAACAGGAGCAUUCCUCCCCGGACCUGCCCCUCCCGGCUCCACUGGACUCACCGUGUACCUCGCCGGAGGUCAGGGCCAGGUUGUGGGAGGAAGUGUGGUUGGAUCACUGGUAGCGGCAGGCCCGGUGAUAGUGAUAGCCGCCACUUUUGCGAACGCAACAUACGAGAGACUGCCUCUGGAAGAAGAAGAAGAAGGUGGGCAGGCGCCGCCGCCGAGUGGUUCGCCGCCUGCAAUUGGAAGCAGUGGUGGACAGCAUCACUCUGGCCUGCCGGAGCUGCCCAUAUACAAUCUGCCACCGAAUCUACUCCCUAACGGCGGCCAAUUGAGUCAUGACCCCUACUCAUGGGCUCAUGCUCGGCCCCCUUACUGAGCACAAGAGCGCUGAAAGGCCAUGAGAGGUUUUGCAAACCUUCCAUCGAUGGAAAUUGGAUGCGAACAAAAAAGAAACCGUGCUUCUCUAUGUAUAUUAAACCCCUUUGUUUUUGCUUCCUUUCUGUUUGUAAUAAAAAGAUGGUUAGCUUCUUUUCGCUUGUUUUCUAACCUCUACUUUAAUUUGAUUUUUUUCCCUUUUCCUCCAA